AUGCAGGCAUUCCUCAGCAUCAUCGGCCCGCAAACGUAUGGGUUGCUGAGGUCGUUGAAGGCGCCUGACCUGCCAUCGGCCAAAAGUUUCGAACAGCUGAAGAGAAUCUUGGACGCCCACCUGGCCCCAGUGCCGUCCAUAAACAGGGAACAAGCCCAGUUUUACCGCCGAACAGAGCACGAAGGCGAGCCCCUGCCUGAAUGUUGCGGAACUUCGCCAGUUGUCUUAGACCUCCAGUUUGGAGCCAGUUUAGACGAAGCGCUCCGGGAUCGUUACGUGCAAACUCUGAAGAAUGCGCUACGAAAGGAUGACACCCGCCAGCCACUCAAGGUAAAGCUCAACAAGUUUCUGCUCACCUAUCGGAACACUCACGCUACAACGCACGGGGCGUCGGCCAACUUGUUGUUCGGUCGACGUUUGCGUACGCGCUUUGACGUGCUCAAACCCGUGGUGGGGGAGAGGAUAGCUUACGAACAGUUCAAACAGACGGUGAACCGACCAUGUCGAGUGCGCGAAGUGACUCUUGGCGUUGUGCCAUUCCGUCUAGUGCGGGUCGCUGUGUUCACACCACGCCAGCAGGCCCUCCUCCUCCUCCAGCGCUCUGUACAACACGCAGUGCGCCUCCGGCACUCUGCGGCGUCGUGGCUUACCGUUGGCUUGGCGAAAAGCAACGGCUUGGGUUCCAAUGCCGUGGAUCCGAAUCCAUGCUCGCGUCACCAGCGGUGCGUUCAUCAGACUGACGCUGCUAAGCCUACUGCGAGGACCAUUCGACAGCUGCGGCGUGACGCGGCUCUGCUACGUUACAAGGAACGGUGCAUCGAAAUCCACACGUGCAGUGACCUCUACAAGAAAUGGCGCACCGAGGGUCGCCACGGCUACCAGGCGGCACCCGAUACGGGCGCUCGGGUGCCGGUUGUGUACAUCCACACUGGACUGGACCGCAUCGAGCGCGGAGACCGGACAGAGCGACCGCUGUGCUUGAUGCUCACGGGGGCACCGGGACAGUACCAGGACUACAGAUACAACAUCCCUUUCCUCGACCAGAAUGGCGUGGACGUUCUUUGCUUCAAUUGGCCCGACUUCGCGUUCAGCUUGGAGACCGGCUACUGGUGGCACAGCUGCGACGAGAAAACCAGUCUACUCGUCGAUUUCCUCAAGAAACUUCACAUCAAGAACAUCGACAUGCUGGUCAGCCACAGCUCCGGAAGUACUCCAGCAGUGCAGCUGGUGGCCGAGGAAACCGAGAUUAGUGUGAAGUCCUUGGCCCUGCUGAUGCCCGUCGCAACUCGACACUUCAGAGGCUCCCGCAACCCUCUGCUCUUCAAUGCUGCAGUCAGAUGGGCGAUGAAGAGUCGACGCGGAGCGUCCAUCCUCCAGCCCUUCUUCCAAGCGGUCACGUCGUUGAGCAAGCACCCAACCAGGGGCCGGGCGCACGACGCAUUCUUCGCCUACCACUCGUGCAUCGGAUACGAGGAGCAUCGGGUUGAGCAGCAAUUAGCCACAAUUCGGCACCGCGCGAUGUCCACGCUCGUGGUGGUCAGCAACAACGACAAACUCCUGUCAAAGGAAGACAACCGCACAAUGCUGCGGAGGCUGGGCAGCGACCCCGAGCGGACCUGGUUAUACGGCUCGGGCGGGCGUCUCCUCCGGAGGGGUGCUUCCGACAUAGUGAAAGCAAUCGAGCUGAAGGAUGGAACGCACUACGGAUUCCUACGCUACCCCGACAUCUGCAACGAGGUUCUCAUCGAACUUCUCGACAGGGUGCGAUGGCGCUAAUACAAGCAGUGCUUGUCGUGGCUCACAAGCGCACUCUACGCGUAUCAGUCAUUCACUUGGCGUAAUAGGCGUGAGCGUGAAUGCAGGCCUCGCGUGUUGUUAAUUUACCCUGUCAUUUAACAGCAAUUAUCAGUCAUUACCCUGUCAGUCAUUACCCUGUCAAUUUACCCAGCAAUUUACACCCCUGAAGCAUAAAACCGCUGCCGUUAGAGCUAAGGGGAAAUGAGGGAUCCAUCCAGACGGA